UUAUAGAGAAAGAGGGAUAUGCAAACACUCCAAUGAUUAAGUAAUAAUGGCUUCAGGGUUUUAGGGUAUGAGUUAGCCUUUAUAGUGGUCAAUUAGGAUUUAAGGCUCUUGAAAACCUUUGUUCUGGACAAAGGGUUGUGUCACCUAGGAUUGCAAAUGGAUGAUUUAGAUCGUUAUGCGCAGCAGCCCUGAUUCAAUGUCUUAGGAUUUAGCUAGUGACUUGGGGAUACUAAAGUUGCGUUUUUGUUGGCUGGAGUGGGAAACAUAGACAUACACAGAAAGACAAACUGCUUUGUUGUGAAUUCUAGGUGCAAAUUGUUGUUUUGCGAAGAUAGUAGAAGAUCAUAUAUUUCGCGAGCGAGGUGUGCUGUUGCAGGCGUUGUAACAAGAGAGAGGAUGGAAAAGAAAGAGACAAUAAGAAAGGCUGAGGCAUUGGUUGAGAAAGCAAUGAAAGGGAAUGACGCUUCUCAUGAUGCAGCACAUGUUUGGAGGGUUCGUGACCUUGCUCUCUCCCUUGCUACCGAGGAAGGCCUCUCUUCUGAUCCGCAUUCCAUGGAAAUUGUAGAGCUUGCUGCACUGCUCCAUGAUAUAGGUGACUACAAAUACCUGAGGGAUCCAUCUGAAGAAAAAACUGUUGAAAAUUUUCUAGAGGAAGAGGGAGUUGAGGAGAACAAGAAAUCAAAGAUUUUGAAGAUCAUCAAAGAAAUGGGUUUUAAAGAGGAGGUGACAGGAAAAGGAACUACUGAAUGGAGUCCAGAAUUUGGUGUUGUCCAAGAUGCUGAUAGGCUUGAUGCUAUUGGUGCUAUAGGAAUUGCACGUUGCUUCACGUUUGGCGGGAGUAAGAAGAGGGCGCUGCAUGAUCCUGCUAUUUUGCCAAGAUCUGAUCUGUCUAAGGAAAAAUACAUGAACAAAGAGGAACAAACUACAAUUAAUCAUUUUCAUGAGAAGCUUCUCAAACUUAAAGACAUGAUGAAAACCAAGGCUGGGCAAAGGAGGGCUGAGAGAAGGCACAAGUUCAUGGUGGAGUUUGUCAAAGAGUUCUACGACGAAUGGAACGGUUCAAGCUAAUAAGUACUUGCUCUUGUCUUCAUGCAGUUUUACACUUAAAAUUGCAUUAGUACUUGUGAAAAAGACAAAAAUGGAGCAUGUAUAGGCUACUUCAAGAUGCUGAAAAUUGUUCAUAUCUUGUAAGUUGCAGCAUCAGUAACUAAUUCAUGCUUCAUGCUCCGAACAUAGUUUUUCCACCAAACAAUGCCCUUGGUUUUGCAGGCCAGACUAUAUAUAAUGUCGAAUUUUUAUCUAUUUCAGUAAACAAUGUCCUUGGUUUUGGAGGCUAGACUAUGUAUAACGUUAAAUGUUAUCUAUUUUUUCACAUUUCGUUUGUUAUAUCGAAGACCAUCCUUUCAAA